AUGAUAAAUAAUGAGAAUAACUCAUAACAUCUUAAAAGCAAACCUCUUUUUUCAGUCAUGAAACUGAUUAAUAACAACACCUUUCGUGGAUAAUUUAGUGAACCAAAUCAACUUAGCUCAAGCAUUUUAUAAUAAACCAAUCCUUAAUUAUCAUUUCCUAGAGCUGAAAGAUUCUAAUCUCAUCAUGCUCCUUAACUUCCUUCUCCAAAAUAUCUUUGUCUAACAGACACUAAAACUAAAAGGACUACAUCUUUUGGAUUCGGGAACAAAUAGCUUAGACCAUUAGAUCUUGAGAAAAGAGAUCAAUUAAAUCCGGCUCCUGGAACUUAUGAUUUAAAAUAGUCAUCUUGUAGAUCAUGCAGUUUUGGAAUGAAACUAUAAUCAACAAGAACUUUGGAUGUUCCAGGUCCUGGAUCAUAUGAUCUAAAAUUGCUGAAUAAAACUAAAGCCUUUAGUAUCUAUGGCAAAAUUAACUCUGAUAUCAAAUUACCAAAAACAGCCUCCCCAACUAUUUAUCUUCCCACUGAUAACAUCAUUUAAAACAAUAGAUUUAAAUAAAUCACAUUCGGAUUUGGAGAUAGACCAUUACCUGGACUGAAGAACGAAUCACCUGGGCCAGGGACUUAUGCUUUGAAAUCUGUUUUUGAAAUCAAACCAAAGAAAAAAACUUAAUUAUGA